ACACAAAUUCGUGAAUUACAGGAGGACGGCAGACGAGAAACAGAUUCAGUGUUGAUUCAGCCAUUUUAAUGAAUAGAAGCUAACAUAAAUCUGAUUCAAGAUGGAGUCAAUUCACAAUCGGUUAAGAAUACAGAACAUAGCAGACGAAGCAAAACGGAAGAAGGUGGAAGAGAUUCUGAAACCGUUGAUUCUGAAUGAUGCGGCCAUACAAAAGUUAAUGGAUACAUUUGAAGACCAGAUUUCCCUCGCUAAUACAAUGGACCCCGAAAAAAGAAAACAGUCGAAUUUGCUAUGGGAGUGUACUUAUGUACGACAUCUUCUAAAGGGGAAUGAGAACGGUGAUUACAUUGGUCUAGAUCUUGGUGGAACAAACUUCCGGGUUGUCAGAGUUGUGAUGAAAAACGGGAUAGCUAACACGACCACGAAGUAUUACAACUUAGACGAACAGCUUCUGUCGGGUCCUUGUAAAUAUGUGUUUGAUCAUAUAGCUGAGAGUUUGGAACGGUUUUUACGAGAAGAAAAUAUCACCACUCCUCUGCCUGUUGGUUUCACGUUUUCCUUCCCCUCUGAUCAGAAGUCCUUAAAACACAGCAUCCUUCUAACUUGGACCAAAUCCUUCAAAUGUCCAGAUGGACCUGGGCUGGACGCUUGUGUUCUGUUGGAAGAAGCUAUUGCCAGGAGAAAGGACAGUAUGCCAGUAGAGCUGGAUGUGAUGGCAAGAAUCAGUGAUACCACCGGGGCCUUAAUGGCAGGGAACUACGUGGACAAAAAUUGUCGAAUUGGAGUGAUUCUGGGUACUGGUUCAAAUGCCUGUUUCGUGGAACAUCUGGAAAACUAUAACAAAUUCAAAUCAACUGAUCCAGAUACAAAGCAGAUAUUGGUGAAUGUGGAAUGGGGAGCGUUUGGUGACAAUGGAUGCUUAGAUUUUUGUAGAAAUGAAUAUGAAAAAGAGGUAGAUUUACAUUCAAAUCAUCCACAUUCAUAUACAUUUGAGAAAUCAUUUGGAGGGUUGUAUCUUGGGGAGCAGGUGCGAUUGCCGCUCAUCAAGCUUAUAGAGGGAGGAUGUCUAUUUAAUGGAAAGUCAUCCCCAGAGCUGAUAAAAAGAUGGGGGUUUACUACUUCCAAUGUCACAUCUAUUGAAGAAGACAAUGAGACUUCGGAGAGAACCUGGUCCGUCCUGCAGGCCUUUGGUUUGGCAGACAUAGCAACAGAGGAGGAUGUAUCACUGGUGAGAGAGGUCUGUGCCAUUGUGUCGGAGAGGGGGGCCAAAAUAGUGGCAGCUGUAUUAGCUGUUCUUUUGAACCAUAUAAACUUGCCUGAAGUGACGAUAGCCUUUGAUGGAUCUUUGUAUGAGAAGCAUCCAAAGUAUAGGGUCCACAUAGCAGAUCUAUUAGCAAAACUAGUCCCAACCACAAAGACAAAGUUGAUUUUAGUAAAAGACGGAAGCGGGCAGGGAGCAGCAUUUGUGGCCGCCGUAGAAUACAAACAGCCUUAAAGAACCAAGGAAACAAACGAAGGAAAUACAUGACAAUUGACUAGAAAGAUACAACUUUAGGAAAUAAAAUGUUGUUGACUGUAGAACAACUGCUCUUGGAAUAGUCAAGGGAAAACAAACAAAAUGUUUGCGAAUGCUGACGAAGACAAUAUUAGAUACUCGGAAGUAAAUCAUAAAGUCUUUGAAUAAUAUCAGUGAAGAUGACUGAAGAAGAAACACUCUUAACAUAAUUACCGAACUGUGCAAUUCCUUCAAAGUUACUGAACUGUGCAAUUCCUUCAAAGUUACUGAACUAUGUAAUCCUUCAAAGUUACUGAAUUGUAUAAUCCUUCAAAGUUACUGAAUUGUGUAAUCCUUCAAAGUUACUGAACUGUGUAAUCCUUCAAAGUUACUGAAUUGUGUAAUCCUUCAGAAUUACUGAAUUGUGAAAUCCUUCAAAGUUACUGAAUUGUGUAAUCCUUCAGAAUUGCUGAAUUGUGAAAUCCUUCAAAGUUACUGAACUCUAUAAUCCUUCAGUUAUUAAACUGUGCAAUCCUUCACAGUUACUGUACUGUGUAAUCCUUCAAAAGAGAAAUGUCAAAAAACCAAAGAAUUUCUUGUUUUAUUAUAAAAAUAAAUGAGUUAUGUUGUUUUAUAAGAAAAACGCA